ACCCUGUGCUCAAAGUCACAUUCCCCAUCAGGCCACGCAGCACUGUUGCAGUUUUCUGUCUGGCUGUGGGCUUAUGAUCGGCAACAUUGAUUCACAAUCGAGGGAUACUGUGGAAACGCUGCUGCAUUCGGGGAAUUGCGGGGGAAGUCAUUGGGCUGUUGGGUCGAGCUGCUGCUGGGAAAGGGGAACCGCUUGAAGGGAAGAUAGGUUGUUCAUUGUUGCUUGCGUGGAGAGAUUUUGAGGAGAGCUGGGCGUGUGGGUGGGCAUGGCCUUUUUCUGUUCUCUGUGAGGUUUUACACCGCUUUCUGUUUCCCUGUGGAGGCGUGAGGAAAGGGCGGAUAAGUUUCCUUUUCGUGGCUUGUGUAAGUUUUUCUGUCUGGUUGUGAGAGCUUCGGAUGUGUGCGUGACGUUGGGGGGUGUGAGGUGUUGGUAUUGUAGCCUCACUUAAGUGGGUAAGUCCACUUGGCUGACGGAAAGUGGCCAGUGUGGAGAAGUUUCGAAGGUCAUCUGUUUCGGUUGCCGAACUUGACGUGAGCCUUGUUAUCACGAUUUCGUGGUGAGUAUUGCGGGGGUUCUGUUUUUUUUUUCCCCUCCCGGAACUCAAGAAUUAGGGGGCUGCGAGGUUUGUGAGCGCGUGUAAGGGAAUCGGGGGUUGUAUUGGAGGGUGUGGACACGAUCGUUUUUGCUAUGUCCCCGAGCUGCUGCUGUGAAUACGUGAGACGGAUCCGGGAUUUGUUUUUUCAGAGCGCCUCAUUUUCUCCGCUGUGGGUUUGUUGUCAGAGGUUCAUGAUCGCUGAGACGAUUCGCAACAGAGUCGCGGACUGAAGUUGGGAAUCCUUGAUGGAGUUGGGAGUUGGAGAUUGAUAUUUGAUUGAAAUUGGAAGGUAUUGAGCUGUGGCGGGUCGAGCUUCUGUUCCCGAAUUUGAUUAGUAUCGAAAAUUUGGAAGUUUUAGUUUUUGUAAUAGGAAACUGAAGGCCUUCGCGGGUACAUUUGAAUUGUUGCUAACUUUGGAGCCUGAGACGGAAGGGGGGUACGUCGCACCGCGGCGUCGUGAGUACCAUCGUGCGAGUUCAGUUGUGGUCCUGCACAAAGCUGAAUAGGUCGUGAGCACAUUAUACUGGAAACUGAAUAGGGGGUUCAUUGUGAGAGUUUUCGGAAGAGAUAGAGGAGCUCCUGGAGUUCCUGGAAGAGUAGUACAUUAAUCCAUUUUUCUUGCACGCUUCAUCAUCUUGUGAGUAUGGUAACGUUCAUCACGCAUAACAGUAUUCAAGAGAAGGAUGUCCGUUUCGAGAAUGGCUUUACACGGAAAGGGAGCUCAGUAGUAGUCGCGUCUACACCUGAGGUCAAGGCUUCUCAACCUCAAGUUGUCAAUGGAGACCUCAAGGUGCUGCCAGCAACGGGUGUCCUGUCACAGGAAGCAAAGUCGGAUGCGGAGUGGAAUAUCCGUGCGUCCCCUGCUGCCAUAGCGAGCACCAAUCCGAUUCGUGAGCUGUUGGAGUCAUUGUGUGUAGUUUCCUCGAGAAAGAAGGAGAAAAUAUCUUUAGCACAGGGAGACCCAACUGCCUUUGGCCACUUGAAAGUACCAGAUGCCGCAGUGGAGGCUAUGGUGGCUGCUACCAAGAGCUACAUGUUCAACGGUUACACACACUCGGCGGGGUCCCACGAAUGCCGAAAGGCUGUUGCUGAUUAUCAUUCUUCAUCGCUGCCUUUCAAGCUUACUGCUGAAGAUAUUGCCAUCACAGUAGGAUGUUCUCAAGCUAUACAGUUAUGUUUAGCUGCUUUAUCCACAGAAGGGGCCAAUAUACUCAUUCCUCGACCUGGAUUCCCCAUCUAUGAAACCUUUUGCAAGUACUAUGACGUAGAGUGCCGAUUUUAUGAUCUUCUCCCAGAGCGGGAUUGGGAAAUUGACUUGGAUCAAAUUACGUCUCUUGCGGACCGCAAUACAGUCGCUUGGAUUGUUUGUAAUCCAAGCAAUCCAUGUGGAUCUGUGUACAGAUAUCCGCACUUACUUAAGAUUGCCAACACCGCUGAGAAAUUAAAGAUACCAUUAAUAUCUGAUGAAAUUUAUGCAAAUAUGAUUUUCGGCCCAACGGAGUUUACUCCGAUGGCAGCCUUUUCUAUGAAGGUACCAGUGCUGACAGUUGGAGGAAUUUCGAAGAGAUGGCUUGCUCCUGGAUGGCGCCUUGGCUGGAUCAUCAUUGCUGAUCCCAAGGGGAUCCUUGCUAGAGGAAAAGUAGUAGAAGCGCUUACAAGACUCAUGCAGAUGACUAUUGGUACUUCAACACUCUCACAGGCUGCAGUAUCUGGGAUGCUGCUCAACACUCCUUCAAGCUUCUUUGAAGGUACAAUAAAGUCAUUGAAGGCUGGGGCCGAGUUGUGUUAUGAACGAGUGCAAUGUAUCAAAGGCCUUCAAUGCCCAACGAAACCACAAGGAGCUAUGUACAUUAUGGUGAAAAUUGACCCUUCUGUGUUUACGGACAUAGCAAACGACGUGGAGUUUGCGUCCUUGCUGGUGGAAGAAGAGUCUGUCGUUGUGCUACCAGGUUCUGCUUUUGGUUCACCCAACUGGUUGCGAAUUGUAUUCGCCACUCCAUUACCUUUGCUUGAGGAGGCUUGGGAUCGCAUUGAUAUGUUCUGCUUGCGACACGCUACGGCCAUUCCAUACACUGGAACUGAGCUAUAUUGAGUGAUCAGCUUCUUCACAGUAGAAUUAAAUCGUCAUGUUCUUUAUAAUUUUAUGUCUGAAGACCAGGUUGCAACUGUAAUAUUUCCCCGUGCAAGUAUAUAUCUGGGGGAGGGUCUUUAAGCUCAGUAGUUGAAACGUUGGAUUAUUAUUCGGGCACAACCUGAUUUGGGUCUAAGCAGCACAAAAUUGUCAUAUUUCUGGAGGAGUUAAUGGAAAAGGAACACUUAACAUAUUAGCAGCGUUACGUUUCAUUUCUGAGGGCUCUGAGUUAUCAAAUUAUAUUUCAAUAUAAGCCCAUUAGUAUUAUUUGAAUAAACUUUUGCCUUUGUAAUGCAUAAGUUUCUAUAAUAAACAUCUUACGAUAAUGAUAUUAAGGUAGCAAUUUUUUAA